UCUUGUCUUGUAAAUGUUCAGGCAGCCAAAAGACAUUAUGUUGCUGCAAAGCCUGCAAAAAAGAAGAAAAAAGGCUCUAAAGUACAAACCUCAGAUGCAAAACCAGAUGAUAUAGAAAAGCUAAAGAUGUACACUUACAUGGAAGGUGAGCCUGAGGAUGAUGUCUACUUAAAACGCUUAUUCCCAAGGCCGAUUUAUGAAGUGGAUAAAGCAAUUAAUUUACUAAAAAAAUUUCAAGUUCUGGACUAUUCUCACCCAAAGCAAGGUGUCUAUCUUGAUUUGACACUGGAUAUGGCACUGGAGAAGAAGAAGAAAAAGGUGGAGCCAUUUGUCAGUGUCCUUAAUUUCCCAUUUCCUUUUACUUCAAAGGCUAAAAAAAUUCUGGUAUUUACAGAGAAAGAAUACGAAAUUAAAAUCGCAGAAGAGAACAGAGCUGUGUUUGCAGGAGGAUCUGCUCUGAUUCAGAAGAUUUUGGAUGAUGAAAUCCAGGCAGAUUUUUACGUAAGCGUUCCAGAAAUGAUGCCAGCACUUCAGCCAUUAAGAAGGAAACUCAAAAAAAGAUUUCCGAGGCUUCCCCAAAAUUCCAUCAAUCACGACAUAGUGAAAAUGUUCGAAUUCUUUAAAGCUGGACAUGAGAUUGCAGUAGAUGAGGAAAGAGGGAACCUUCUCCAGACCCAAAUAGCAAUGCUGGAUAUGCCAAAUAAUGAGAUAGCUGCUAAUCUGGAAGCAGUCAUCACUGAUGUCUGCAGGCACAAACCGCGGAGUAGUGGACCUUUCGUGGUACGUGCAUUUCUUCGUAUUUCAACAAGUGAAGGAUUAUUAAUAAAGAUUGCACACUUAUUACCUCAAGAAGAAGUAAAAGCAGAAGAAAGUAUUAAAGAAAGUUUCUAAA